CAACAAACGACGCUGUUUGGCCUCUCUCCAGUCAACACAAAACCCAGGUCAGUGCGUCGGACCAUCGAAUUCCGAUCUCACUCGCAUUUCACCGGCGAGGUCCGCUGCCAACUCGGAUUCCGAUAUCUCUCCCCCCUAAGCCGCGCCCGCCAUGGAGGAACGCAGUUACCAGGCUCAGGAUGUUACCAGCAAGGAUUUGCUCAGCUCUGAUAACACUGUGGUUCCCGUGGAUUUCUACGAAAUUGCCGGCGAUGACUCCUCUGAGCAGAAAGGGGUUAUGAUAGUGAAAUUGCGCCGUGUGCAAGAACUAAGACUCGGGGCUAUAACUAGGAAAUGUAUUGGGAAAGAUCAAGCGAAAUGUUCCCCAGCAGCCACCGUGACUUUCAUGUAUGAACCAGAGAUCAAUAUCAAUGAAGAUAUGAUGGCAAGAUUGUCACUUGAGGAGAAGCAAAGUAUAGUAGAGAGCAGCCCUACUAAGGUUUUCGACAUCGAUCCUACUACCCAACAGCAUAUACUUACGAUGAUGAAGUUAUCAAGAAAUUGGAAUCAAUGGGGAAGACAGGGCUUAUGGACGGUUAAAGCUAAGGAGGACAGUUUCAUAUUCACGGUUGAGACGACCGGUGCUGUUAAAGGCUUCUCAGUUGGUGCUCAAUGCCAUAGACAUCCUUAAACAAAAGCUGGAUGCUGUUUGUUUGUCUGAUGAAUGAUGAUACGGUUGAAGCUGACGAUCAGUUUGGUGAACUUGGUGUUCAUAUACGUGGAGGAUAGGUAGUCUGCAGCUAGUAAAUCAGACAUGGUGAAUAUUUGGGAGGAGUUAGGACGCAUCCCUGAACAAGGUCUUCCUUUUCUCUGCUUACUUUCAUGUUGGGUUGAAUGUAGCACUGGUUCAACCAUCGCAGUCUUGCUUGGCAUCUCAUCAUCUGUCUUCUUCCUCUUGUCAUGGACGACAGAGUACACAAUACAUAUAUUUACGACAGCCGAGCCGACGACGCAAAUGCAUACAAAGUCAGUUAGCCCAUCUCGUUCCUUAGCUAUGAUUUGAUGAUAUAACAAUGUGUACUAUCGCGAACCAAAAGGCAGGCAGGCAGGAACAGGCACAGGCUCACUCACUCACGGGUGUAAUUAGCUCAGCUCAAACAUGGCCAGAUCUCUCUCCAUCCUUUCAUCUUUUUGGUUCUUUCUGGAAAUCGAAACAAAAAUGAAAACGAAAGUGCUUGCCGUUUCUUUUGCUGAAAAGCCCAACCACCCCACCACCAAUUCGUUUCUUUUGCCCCGAAAACGUGGAUGCAAAUUGCAGAAUGAUCUUCUUGUUAUUCUCUUCUUUCACCUAUGUGCUGUAUAUAGAAGAGGAAAUCAUUUCAUUUGGAUCGAAAUAAGGAGACCGCGCGCCAAAACUCUCUCUGCAAGUCGCCGUCACACCGCCCUACGGACGGUCACCUUCAUCAUAUAUGUGUGUUUGCCGUUACUUCAAUUGAGAGAAGAGACGAGACAUGUUGGGCCUGAAAUUUUAACGCAAAUUGUUUGAAGGCGACUCUCUCUCUCUCUCUCUCCCCCCAUUUGCAGUGCUGUAUUUGGUUGUAUACAGGACGAGGUAAGAAGAUGAAUCUCGUGCAGAUGUGAUGCUAAUGCCACGUACCUGCUGCUGCUACCUAGUUGGAAAUGUCAUAUCCCAUCCCUGGUAACAUCUUUGACAUUUUCAAGUAGCUAGCUAGUAAGGUUAAUUCAACUUAGCACGAUUCUUGUAUAAAAGCUAUUGAAUGAAACUAUGUCGCGC